GCGCGGCGCCGAGGAGCUGUGGCAUCUCUGCGAGGGCGCCCGGCGGGUCCCUCCGGCCGGGGCCGUGGAGGGACAGAGCUGCACCGGCACCGCCGGGCGGUAGAGCGGGGAGCGCUACGCCGGUGCACCUGAGGACCCUGGAGGGAGAUCCAUUGGGAGCUCCGUUUGGGACAAGUCGCAGGACAGUGACAUGGGUCCCAGCCCCCGAGCUGGGGCUGUCUGCUGCUCCAGGCUGCGGCUGUGACUGGUGCCCGAGGGAAUCCAGAUGCUUUGUGAUUCCAGGAUCUGGCGAGCAGCCCCUGCGCGUGGCACUGCGAUGCUUCGCUCUCUUACGUUUCCUGUUUCCAGGUCGAUGAGUUCAGCCUGCGCCAGCCAAGCCCAGACCACUGCAGAUUCACGUCCCCCCUUCCUGCCCCUGCCCUUCACGUCCCCUCCUCCCGGGAAUACAGCAGGGAUGGCUGCGGCAGCCCCGGCUCUGCUCCGGGAGGCCUUUGAGGACGUGGCGCUGUACUUCACUCAGAAGGAGUGGGAGCUCCUGGAAGACAGAGACAAAAUGCUUUACCAGGACCAGAUGCUGAGGAAUUACCAAGCCCUUGUUUCUCUGGGAUAUCAAGGUCCCGCACCUGACUUGAUCUGCCGCAUCCAGCGAGGGGAGGUGGAGCUCUGGGUCUAUGAGGAUGAGGGCCAUGGAGAAAGGACAUGGUCUGAAGGCCUGUCCCCAGGUUCUUCUAACACAGAGGACACCUGGUACUUGUUAGAAGAGGAAAAUUCCAUGGAUUUAUUCCUCAGAUCAGGCACUUCUCUACACGCAGCAGGUGCCAGGAUACUGAACCCAGCUGAGGAGGAGCCUGAACCAGUUAGAAACCAGCUCCCUAUGCAAUGCGCACAGAAAACCAUUGAGCCCCAAAAGAGCCCUGUGCAGAGAGACCCGAGGAGCCAUGAGGACAACAUCCAUAGCAGGGAGGUGUUAUAUAUCUGUGGGGAAUGCGGAAAGAGCUUUAGUGAUGAACAGGAGCUUGAGUUGCAUGGACGGACUCACAGUAAAGUGCUGGCCCACUCCUGUGGCCAGUGUGGAAAGAGCUUCAGGUACAGAUACCGCCUUGUGGAGCACCAAAGAACACACUCUGGGGAGCGCCCCCAUCUCUGCCUGGAGUGUGGGAAGACCUAUGCCCGUCUGGACCACCUUCGCGUCCACCAGCGUGUGCACACCGGGGAGAAACCGUACCGCUGCACCCAGUGUGAAAAGAGCUUCAACCACCUAUUCCACCUCCAAGUCCACCAGCGUGUGCACACAGGGGAGAAGCCAUACCACUGCAGGGACUGUGGGAAGAGCUUUAAUGACCCAUCCUACCUCCGUGUGCACCAGCGCCUGCACACUGGGGAACAACCAUACCACUGUGCCGUGUGUGGAAAGAACUUCUCCCAGAGCUCUUCACUUGCCAAGCACCAGCUUGUCCACAGCACAGAGAGGAUGCACCACUGUGGGGACUGUGGGAAGAGCUUCAAUAACCCAUACUACUUCCGUGUCCACCAGCGCGUGCACACAGGGGAGAAGCCACACCCUUGCCCCCAGUGCCAGAAGAGCUUCAACAACCUAUCCUACCUGCGUGUCCAUCUUCGCCUGCACACCGGGGAGAAGCCGUAUGGCUGCAGUGAGUGCGGACGGAAUUUCAGGCACAGAACGUCCCUCAUCAACCACCAACGCGUGCACACGGGGGAGAAGCCAUACCGCUGCAAUGAAUGUGGAAUGAGCUUCCGGAUUAGCUCAUCUCUCACCAACCACCUGCGUGUGCACACUGGAGAGAAGCCAUAUGGCUGUGCCGAGUGUGGAAUGAGCUUCCGGCAUAGCUCCUCCCUCACUGAUCAUCAGCGUCUGCACACAGGGGAGAAGCCCUACCACUGUGUGCAGUGUGGGCUCAGCUUCCGGCAUAGCUCCUCUCUCACCAACCACCAGGGAACCCAUGGACCAGCCCCUCACGACUCGCAUGGGUCCAUUUCUGCCACCUCCUCCUCUUCCCUGCAGCCUGUGCCCUGUGGGAAAAUGUCCAGUGCCUGUCCUGAAAUGACCUUGUCUCUUCAUUCCUCUGGCACUGAGUUUGCAUGGUUGUGAGGAUGCAAGGUGGUCUGCCAGGAGUCUAAAUAGGUCACAGUUGGAUUUACAAGUCACAUCUGGGCCAGAGAAUACAAAUAAGCUUAGGGCUGUGCCAGAUGGGUCCUAGUUUCUCCUGGGUCAGUUGUCUGUGUUGCACCUAAGGAUGCCCUGUUGCAUGGCUUGGCUCCAUGGCAGACACAGAAACCAUUUAUUUUACUUUGUGUUCAACUUCUUUGGAACUUAAUAUUGUGCAGGAGGGAGGAGGAGUUGGGGGUCUGUCAUGGGGUGGGGGGGGAUAUAGCUGCAGCUGCUCUGCUGGAGAUGGGGUGCAGGCUUGGGAGGAGAAGGGAGCAGUGGCGGUAGUAGUUAGGAGGGGAGCAUGAGGGUGGGGUUCAGAAAUGUCUCUUGUCUCUGGAUGAGAGUGGUGGUUAGGAUCUGUGGCAGCAUUUGCUUGCAUUAAGCAGGGGGUUGGAGCUCUUGCAUUCUGGAAUAUUGUGAGGAAUCCUGCGUGUUGGCUGCUUAUUGUAAGCUACUCUGAGCCUUUUGGCUAUGGCAAUAUGUGAAUCUAAUAAAUAAAUUGCUGUUGUCAGCCUUCCUUGGGAGGGGUUUCUCCCUGUGCUACUGCCAGGAAAGCAGCUUCCCAUGGGAAGACUCAGGCCCCCUGCAUUACAGUUUCUCCUGUUGCCUGUAGCCAUGCCCAGCAGUGUAGAUGUGGCCUGGACCAGCGGAGAGAUUGGCUGCACUGCCUUACAGAUGACCUGGGCUGAAGCAGAGCAGCACUGUCCUCUGUUGGCAGAGUUAUAUUGAUGACAGGGACUUUGCUAGAGCUGCUGGUUCAGUGGGAGAGGAGGUUUGAAAAGCUUCACAUGCCUGCCCGAGCUAACCAUGUGGGCACAACCCAUGUCCCCAGCACCUGCUCCACUGCUUUGCCUCCUCCAUUCCCUCCCAGUACAUAAGAAAGACUAUGGACUGGGUCAGACCAGAGGUCCAUCUUGCCCAUCAUAUGCCC